AUGGAUUUGGAAAAUGAGACGUACUCAAACUUUACUUUGGAAGAUCUGGCAAAGGGGAAAACAUCAAAGGUGCUGGUAUCACUUUCACUCUCUGUCCUGACCAUUCUGACCACAGUCAUCAAUUCCCUGGUGAUAACUGCAAUAAUUGUAACAAGAAAGCUUCACCAUCCAGCAAAUUACCUAAUAUGCUCCCUUGCUGUUACUGAUUUACUUGUUGCAGUCCUUGUAAUGCCCUUCAGUAUCAUCUAUACCGUAAAGGAGACAUGGGUUAUGGGUCAAGUUGUCUGCAACAUCUGGUUAAGUGUAGACAUUACAUGUUGUACAUGCUCUAUCCUUCAUCUGGCUGCAAUUGCCUUGGACAGAUAUAGGGCCAUAACUAAUGCUGUUGAAUAUGCACAGAAAAGGACACCAAAACGUGCUGGAAUAAUGAUCACCAUUGUGUGGGUCAUAUCCAUCUUUAUAUCACUACCUCCUCUGUUUUGGAGGCAUCAAGGAAUUAACAAAGAGGAUGAGUGUCUUAUUAAGCAUGAACAUCUUCUCUACACAAUCUAUUCUACAUUUGGAGCAUUUUAUAUCCCCUUGGCUUUGAUUCUCAUCCUGUACUACAAAAUAUAUCGAGCAGCUAAAACACUUUAUUACAAAAGGAGUGCAAGCAGACGCAUCAAUGAGGAUGUAAAUGGUAGGAUGUCCAUCAUUGCUGUCAAACCCCCUAGGACAUCUUCCACCAUGUGCAUUUCUGAAAAGUCCAUCUCAGACCAUUCAACAAUUGAAGAGGGGGAGAAUGUCCACAACACAGCCAGAAGCUUCAACCCCAGUUGCCAACAAGAAAAAUCGCAGAAGAGACUGAAAAUUUCGGGCACAAGAGAAAGGAAAGCAGCAACCACUUUGGGCUUGAUUCUGGGGGCAUUUGUGAUAUGCUGGUUGCCAUUCUUUUUAAAGGAACUUAUUGUGAAUAUCUGUGAAUCUUGUAAUGUCUCUGCAGAGAUAUCUGACUUCCUGACAUGGUUAGGUUACCUCAAUUCUUUAAUCAAUCCCCUUAUUUAUACAAUCUUCAAUGAAGACUUUAAGAAAGCAUUUCAGAAACUAGUGCGCUGCAGAUAA